AUCUCAGCAGCUCCCCCCCCCUCAAGAUGUUCCUUCCGAGUUCACAGUCUAAAGACUCUGUAGCUAAUCCCAGCGACUCCGACUUCAGUUGUCAGUCGUCAACCCCGUCACCCUCAUCUCAGAUGGCUCCAUCCGCAAUACCUCCAAGGCCUUGUGCUAGAUCAUCCAAAAGUUCUGCCGCCAUACCAGUCUACCGAGAAAGCCAAGCUUAUGACAUACUGAAUACGUUUCCAGAGAGAGAUAUAGGCGACUAUGAUCUUCUUCUGAAGUGCCCCCAGGAAAUCCAGAGUAGUUCGUUAAUCGCCGAGACCCUCAAAACCCUCCGGGCCCAAGGUCGUAGAGUUACAUUUGAUCCAGAGCUUGAGAUCCUAAAAGUACAAGGGAUGCCGCAUCCCCUUCACGAUGCAAUAUGUGAGUUUCUUUACCGGUCUCUGGUGAAAGCAAAUCGCGAAAUAUUAUCAUUUGCCGAAACCGAAUGCAUCUCUCUGGCAACCAAAGGUGUCCGGCUUUCGAAAGUCUUACAAAGCAUUGGGGGAAAACAACAGGCCUGGCGCAAGCAUCCUGAUGGGCUGAUAGUCUAUGGCCAACUAGGCCAUCGGUCGCACCCACGAGUUGUUUUUGAAGUGGGGGUAUCGGAGAAAUACUUGGACCUUCUUGAUGAUGCCCGCCAGUGGCUUCUCAGAAGUCAUGGACGCGUGGGGUUGGUGGUCAUUAUCAAGAUCACCGAGGAUCUCGAAGGGUUGAGGGCUCACCAGCAAAGCAUUACAUUCAAAUCAACACUCCAGAGCCUGGUCAGCAAAUACGGCGACGACACAGCGGUGAGGUCUUUUGAUGUCCAGUCAGAUGCCGCGUCAAGAUCGACAGAUACAGAUUUCGAUGAGGCUUUCAGGGCGGAGGUCGUGACAUCAGAUUGGGUUGGCUCAUUCGCUGCUUUCUUGGAAUUUUGGGAACUUCGAGAAGACCGACCUUGUUUGCGAGGUAGUCGUGUUGAGAUACUUCCGGAGCCGCUCAACUGCGAAGACCCGCGAAUUACGAUCCAGGAUCUUAUACCACCUAGACACAGAUGCGGACCGGACUUUGACAGCACCAGAUCUCUCGCUUUAGAUAUGAGUGCUUAUAGAGCUUUACUGGCAGCUGCAAAGGAUUGUACAGCUUUUAAUAGAGCUGUGCAGAAGGUUCGACCUGAUGACGGAAAGAAUGAAGACCCUGACUACGUUCCAUCUGAUGAAGACCAACCUGUAUGAAAGCUGUGCUGCC